AUGGACGUGAAAGAAGAAACUGAACAACAUCGCUAUAUGCGAAAAGUUGCCUUUUCGGCAAUUGUUUUGUCAACUGCGGCUGUUGUAACAUGUAUGAUUACUUUGCCACUUUUGUAUGGUUAUAUCCAACAAUUGCAAUCUGAAAUUACUCUUGAAACUGGUUUCUGUGCGGUUAGUUUUUUUAUUUGAAAAUUAUCUAUUUCUUAUUUUCCAAAUUUCAAUUUUAGAUGCGUUCUCGUGACAUGUUGGUUCAACUCUACAAAACAGCUCCAUCUUCUCGUGUUAAACGUGCUUGGCAAUUUGGAUCAUGGGUUCAAGAUUCGGGUGUUGGAGGAGGAGCUGCUGGAGGAUAUGGCGGUGGUAAUGAUUAUGCGCCAGCUCCAUCAAACGGAUAUGGACCAGUUGUAAAUGCUGAACCAGAACCACAAUGUUGUACUUGUCAACAAGGAAAAGCUGGACCACCAGGACCACCAGGAGAUGAUGGAAAUGACGGAAAAGACGGAGAAGCUGGAAAUAACGCACAAAAUGGAAAAGAUGGAGGAGUUGCACCAUCUGAAGGAUUACAAUCCGAACCAUGUGUUAUUUGUCCACCAGGAGCACAAGGAGCUGUUGGAUCUCCAGGAGCUAAAGGGCCACAAGGACCACGUGGAUCACCAGGAUUGUCUGGAGUUGAUGGAAGAAGAGGAGAACCAGGAAUGUCUGGACCAGCUGGAACACAAGGAGAACCAGGACCACAAGGACCAGUUGGAAAGAAAGGAGAAGAUGGAAGAGUUAUUAAUGUUAAUGGACCACCAGGGCCACCAGGAGCACCAGGAGCACAAGGAAGAAAAGGAGAAAGAGGACCAAAAGGAGUUCCAGGAAGUGUUCAUCCAGGAGUUCAAGGACCACAAGGAGACAAAGGAAGAAAAGGAAGAGCUGGAAGAAAAGGAGAAGUUGGAGGACAAGGACCAAUUGGAUCAAAGGGACCAAAUGGAGAUUGUUUCCAUUGUCCAACACCAAGAACUCCACCAGGUUAUUAA